AUUAACCGUUCCGCACCCGACGGUAAUGCAAUAUUUGCAACUGCUCGUGUACAAACUGCUUGCACGAGCGAUUGAUACCGUGAACAGAUACUUUGACGUGCGACGAUUACACUACAUCCGGGAGGUGCUGGACAUAAAAAUUGGCAUAUUUGUGCACCAAAUUAAGUACGGCAGUGAAACGAUGGCUAAACGUAAAGCCAUCUAUGCUUUCCGACCGUUCGAAGUGACCGACGUCGAUUAUCGUAGCUCGGCCAUCAACCUCAGCAGCAUCGGUUCUGGAAGACGCUAUCCGAAGGCAAGGAGCGGUCACCGAAUCGUAUGCAGUGACUCGUCCUUAUAUUGCUUCGGUGGAUUCAACCCGAACAACUCGCCAGCACGGGAUGGUAACGAUGACGAUCGGGAAGAUUUUUUCCUGUUUCACGAGCUGUGGAAGUAUGACCUGAUACGAAAGCAGUGGACAUUGGUCUUGGAUGCAAAUAAUGAUUUGCCUGUAGAGCUGGCCUCAAACGCAAUGCUGUUGAGCGGAGAAAUGAUCAUGAUUUUUGGCGGCACCGGAUACCCGUUUGGAGUAACUUGCUCGAACAAGCUGCACAUUUGUCAAACACGCCGCAAACCGCAGGAUCUGAUAGAAGUAGAAGUGAAGGGAGAUCCUCCACCACCGCAAUAUGGCCAGGCGAUUGUAAUCAGCGACAACUUCCUCUACAGCAUCGGUGGAACCAAUGGAUUCGAUUACACUUUGGAUGUUCACCGGCUACAUCUCCCUAGCAGGACAUGGGAAUGUGUGUACAAAUGCAAUCAAAACAUUCGCGAAGAUCCUUCAGGACGAUAUCGGCACGAGCUGGCGUACGACGAUUCGAAAAUAUACGUAAUUGGCGGAGGUAAAAGUGAUGCCGUCUUUAUACUAGCUAAUAUUCUCGCGUACGACACAGAGAUGAACAAGUGGGAAUACCUGCUAACCAAACCGGAUCCACUGGCCAACUCGCCAGGCAUCCCGACAGCACGCAAAUGUCACUCGUGUGUACAGAUCCGCACGGACCAAGGACUGGAGGUGAUUGUGGCGGGAGGAUAUGAUGGCGUUAACUAUUAUAGCGAUAUUUGGAAGCUUAACAUUUCCACCAUGCAGUGGAAGAAGAUGCAUAAAUCGAACUUACCGUAUCCCCUAUUUUUCCACGAUGCAUCCAUCACGAACGACGGUUGUAUGUACGUUUUCGGAGGCAUAAAGUACAGCAAUGGUACGAGCGUUCGAACGAACACGCUCUUUAAAAUGUGGACUACAAUUCCCCGGCUAAGUGUGAUCGCGUGGGAAGCACUUUUGCAUUACAUUCCAAGCUUGCCUAGCAGGAGAAAGGACGAACUGUUGGAAGCUGGAAUUCCACGCCAGUUCGUUGAACGGGUACAUGAAUGAAUGCAU